CAUGGCCAUGAUCUUCAGCGCCAUCUGCAAGUCGCCCAACGAAGAGGAGGACGACGCAGAGAACGACGAGAGAGAUCCUGAGCUGGGCGAGGACGAGGAAUGGAUGCACGCGCUGGGGACAAAGGAACGAGUCAAGAAAAAGGCGGAGUACAAGCCGGUGGACGAGAAACAGCUGAAGGCCGCGCGAGACCAGCGCAAGAAGGAAAUCAAGAUGUGGGACAUUAUUUACGACAUCGGCGCCUACUCCUUCUUCAUCUGGGUCGUCCUCAUCCUCAGCCACGGCAACAGGGACCCCAACAGCUUCCUCAUGACGGAGGAACUGACUAACAACUUCAUCUUGGCUUCUCUCGAGACGUACGAUCCGGAUAUCAAUCUGUAUGAUGUUCAGAACUGCUCGUACUUCUACCACUGGAUGAAGGUCGUGUUCCUGGAGGAGAUUCUCAUGAACGACAACUACCACGGCAGACUGGACCCCAAACAUGACAACACCAAGAUGCUUCAAGACCGUGUGAACCUGUUGCUGGGUUACGCCACACUCAGACAAGUGCGGAUUGAAGAAAAGACCUGCAAAGUUCCCAAGCAGAUCCGCAGCGUGACGAACGAGUGCCGAGACAAGUCCUCCAUCGUGGACGAGGAGAAGAGGGACUUCGACGUCGGGUGGAAGCCCUUGCCGGAGAGGAAGAGGCCCCAGGAGGAGUACACGUAUCGCGGCGCCUUGGAGCUCGAGGGCGUCCCCUUCUGGGGGUCGGUGGACGUGUACGGGGCGGGAGGAUACGUCGUCAAGCUAAUAGGCAGCAAGGAGAAGCUCAAGGCCAAGAUAGAGCAGCUGGAACGGGACGGCUGGAUGGACGAGCGAACCAGGGCCGUCUUCGUCGAGUUUUCCCUGUACAACGCGCAGGUCAACCUCUUCGCUGCCUGUAGGAUCGUCAUGGAGCAAGGGCCCGAGGGCGCCCUCCACGCCUUCGUCAAAUUCAACCCCAUCAAACUGCUCCGCUAUAGUGAGGGCUUCGGGCUCUUCGUCAUGAUCUGCGAGGGCAUCUUCAUCCUCUUCAUCGUCUACUACACCUACUGCGAGCUCAAGGGGAUGUGCAGGGACAAGCGGCAGUACUGGAACGACCCUUGGAACUACCUCGAACUGGUGGUUGUUGGCCUUGGCUGGAGCGCCAUUGCCUUCUAUGGGAUACGAACCGUGUUAGGCAUCUCCAUCGUCAACAAAUUCAAGGAGACGGGCGGCAGCGGUUACAUCAAGCUCGAGUACGCAGCCUCCAUCGACGAGAUCUUCCUCUACAUCAUCAGCUUCUUGGUUUUCUUCUCGACGCUUAAGUUCAUCAAGCUCCUCAAGUUCAACAAGCGGAUGGGGCUCCUGACGUCGACGCUGAAGCAGUGCGCGUCGGAUCUCUCGGGGUUCAUGAUCGCCUUUCUGCUGUCCUUCUUGGCGUUCGCGCAGCUGUUCUACCUGAUGCACAACGGGAGCCACAUCGACUUCAAUAAUUUCGUGUCCGCUAUAGAGGCGACGUUCGCGGCAAUGUUAGGGAAAUUCGACUACGAGGGGAUGGUGAACUCCUCCCCAAAGCUGGGCCCGAUCACCUUCUUCGUCUUCGCCUUCUUCAACAGCAUCAUCAUGAUCAACUUGCUUCUCACACUCGUCAUCAGGAGCUUCGAAGAGAUCAAGAACAAUCUUAUGAAGCAAAGUAAUGAGUACGAGAUCGUGGACUUCAUGGUGAACAAAGCAAGAGCUGCUGUCGGUCUGGCGCCCAAGAUCAGUUUCGUGGGUCCUUUGAAGGCCACCACGGAGGAGCCGGAGGAAACACCCAAGACGACCGAGGAAUUUCCAGAGAAAGUGGACCAACUUCUUUCUUACAUCAACGACUUUUAUUUCGAUUCGAAGCUCGAUUUCAACAACAAAGAGUGGCUGAAGCAGGUGUCGACGCAAAACCACGGUCGGGCAUCCUCGGGACUCCAUGCAGGCUGGCACGGUAAAGGCGCUUCUGCUGCCCGUCAAAGGACGUCGUCAAGCAGCGGAAGCGCCCCCAUGUGUCCCUCAACUCUCGAGCUGGAUGACGUCUAAGCUGGUCGCUGAGAACAAGAACUAAAGGACAUCUGCGCCUUCCUCGGUAUUGAGAAAAGUGGAGGGCCAUGUUCCCCCUCCCCAUCAAGGUUAAUUUCCCUCUACAGACCCCCUCCCCCUGUGGUCACACUGUACCACUUCUUAUGAUCUCAGAUUUCAAAGCAAGAUCAUGAAAUACCAGACUACUUGGUUUCCUUGACUGCAGUAGUUCGAGGAUGCCCUUCCUGGAAACUUUAUUACCAAAAGGAAGAAAAAGAAGGUUUGCAGUUACUUUUGUGAUUACCACUGUCACGCUACAGUUUAGAAGACACACAAGAGUAAAUGUACUUGUUUCCCUUUUUUUUACAGGUCUUGUAAUAUCAUUUAUUGUCAGUUUUCCUGCUAGGGAUGUAUCCUAUCAUAUUGUUACAUAAAUAUUGAGCACCAA